AUAAACAGAGGCGUCGUCCACCCAGUUCACAAUCUGAAACCCUAAUCUCUAUCUUUUGAGUUUACUUUCUCUCUCUAUAAAAUCCUCAUGUCAUAGCAAGGAAGAAGAAAAGAGAUCGGUUAAUGGAGACGGACAGUUCGAGUACGAAGUCGGGUUCAACGGCCGAUUCCUACAUAGGAAGCGUAAUAAGCUUAACUUCCAAGAGUGAGAUCAGAUACGAGGGCGUUCUUUACAACAUCAACCCUGACGAGUCCAGUAUUGGAUUAAAAAACGUGCGAUCAUUUGGAACUGAAGGAAGGAAAAAAGAUGGUCCGCAAGUACCCCCAAGUGACAAAGUUUAUGAGUACAUAUUAUUCCGCGGAAGUGACAUUAAGGAUUUACAAGUUAAAUCUUCACCACCUGCACAGCCUACCCCACCCAUAAAUGAUGAUCCUGCAAUUAUCCAGUCUCAGUUUCCGCACCCAGUUUCCACAACUACAAGCGCGCCUUCUGCUGCUACCCGACCUUUGACCGAUCCUACUACACAUGCUGCUCAAAUGGGACUACCAGGGUCUAAUUAUCAAGCAGCCCUACCUUUAUAUCUACCUGGAGGGAACUUAGGUUCAUGGGGGGCAUCGCCUCCACCUCCAACUGCUAAUGGUAAUGGGCUUCCUAUGCCAAUGUAUUGGGAAGGAUACUAUGGUCCCCCAAACCGGCCUCCACAUUUGCACCAUCAAUCUUUGCUUAGGCCCUCUCCAGGACAAUCAAUGCCACCUUUCAUGCAGCAACCGAUGCAAUAUCCAAAUUUUAAUGCCCCUUUUCUUAUUGGACUUGGCAACUUACAGAGUUCAAGUUUGCCUGAAGCUCCUCCUCCUUUAUUUCCUCCCAGUACAGGUUCCCCUAAUGUAACUUCUACUUUGUCAUCUGAUUUGCCUCCUGCACCCUCUGCUUCACUAGCUUCAGAAGCCUUGCUUAAUAAAGCUCCAAGUCCUACAAUUUCUCCAGCUGCUCUUGGUGCUAGCUUACCUGCAAUUUCUCCUUUGACUACUGGUCCAGAAUUAAGUCCUAUUGUACCACCAAUUGCCCACAAGCCAAGUACUAAUCCUACCGUUUUGCAUCAAACUACUUCUCAGGCUGCAUCCUCUAUAAUUGGGGUUUCGAAUUCCGUUUCCAUGGAAACACCUACACCAUCAAUGGUGACCCCUGGUCAGCUCUUAGAGUCGGGAACAACUGUUGUUCCUUCACCACAGCCUGAUGCAACUGUUCAUAAAGAUGUAGAAGUGGUUCAAGUGUUCUCAUCACCAACUGAACCAUCAGCAUCUGUUGUCUCAGAAGCUCAGCCUCCAAUAUUGCCAUUACCUAGUGCUGCCCAUAAGCCAAAUGGAGCUUCCUUCCAACCUCGUCAUGGUUAUAGAGGACGUGGACAAGGAAGAGGAACUUGGAAUUCACGUCCAGUUACAAAAUUUACUGAGGACUUCGAUUUCAUGGCAAUGAAUGAGAAAUUCAAGAAAGAAGAAGUAUGGGGUCAUCUUGGUAAGAGUAGCAAAUCAAAUUCUAAGGAUAAAGAAGGGGAUGCCAGUGAUAAAGAUGGUUAUCAAGAUGAAGAUGAUGCCGAAACAUCUAAGAUUCAAGCCAAGCCUGUUUACAAUAAGGAUGAUUUUUUUGAUGCUCUCUCCUGCAACGCCCUUGAUAAAGACACACAAAAUGGAAGGCCAAGAUUCUCUGAGCAGAUGAAAUUGGACACAGAGACAUUUGGUGUUUUUUCAAGACAUCGAGGUGGACGUGGUGGUCGCUUUCGGGGUGGUUAUCAUGGAAGAGGGUAUGGGCAUGUGGGGAGGGGUAGCGGGCGAGCUAUGUCUAUGCGAGCUACAUAGGUGUGCUUGAUAUUUCAAAAUGUUUAUAGCCGCUGGCAGGCCAUGUUAAGGUGUUCUCUUUUGUUUGAAAUGUUACAGCGAUACACAUUGAAGGCCUAGCUACCCAGCAAAGGUAAAGACUGAUGUAGGGUUAUGCUCAGAAUUUUUUUUUCUUUAUUAAUUCUCCAGAAAUAAAAGUAGGCAUUAUGCUUUGGAUUAUCAGUAUGACCUAUUUUGAUUCUCGUUGUCCAUAGUUAUUUCAUGGAUCUACUCUAAUGAAAAGUCGCAUUCAGUUUUAAUUAA